AUGAGCAGCUUGAUACCCAAGAGACCAAAACUUCUUAACACUAGAGCCAAAAAAAAGGACUUUGACUUGUCAUCAAAACAAGAAAAAACUUCUAUUAUAGAAGCAGAAACAGCAAACAUACCAUAUUUACCAAAUAGUAAACCAAGUAAAAACAACAACCAAGGUGACAAAAACUGGGCCAGUAAUAUAGAACAAAAAGAAAAACCAGUUGGUAAAGACAAACAAAAAGCUACUUCUUUUACAAAUGAAAAUAACAAGGAUGUAACUUUUAAGGAAAACACAACUAGUAUUCCUAUUUCAAAACAUGGUUCACCUUUAAAGAAAGCAAAUCACAAGAACAUAAAUAAUGCAACACCUGCUACAAACCAUGACCAGGAUAUAACAAUGGAACCAUUGGACUGUAACAAAGAAAACAAAAUUGAAGAGAAAAAAUUUACUUUGGUCACUUCAAAAAAGAACAACCGAAAAGAAAACAAGAAGAAAACCCUUACAACAAGUGAGGAAAGUAAAAAGAGUAAGACAGAGAAUGCCUGA